AUGGAGUAUCUCAAGGAUUACCAAGUUACCCUUUCCUAUCAUCUCGGUAAGGCUAACGUGGUGGCAGAUGCGCUAAGUCGCAAGAAUAGAGGGAUUGUUGCUAGUUUAGCACUUAGAGAAUGGAGUAUGGUUGGAACACUCAAUGAAUUUGGGGUACAAAUGGAGGCUCAAGAUGAAAAAGCUUACCUUGGUGCUCAAAUUGUUACGCCUAAACUUUUGAGCGAGAUAUUAGAAUCACAAAAGUAUGAUCAGGAGGUAGCAUUCACCAAGGCACGAAUGGAAUCUAAUGAAACAAUGCUUGGUUGGGAAAUUCACACAUAUGAAAGUUUGAGAUAUCAAGGUCGAAUGUUCGCGCCAAGCGACGACUCACUAAGGGAAAAGGUACUUAAGGAAUUCCACCAUUCAGAAUUCGCAGUACAUCCGAGAGGUACUAAGAUGUACCAAGACUUAAAAUGCCAAUAUUAG